CAAGUCAGAACACUGACUUGUACCAGGCGCACCCGAGGAACGUAUCGCGACACACCAUGAUAGACUGCAGCGGUUUCAGAACUGUGAGUUGCGACCAAAAAGUGAGCUGUGAUUAUAUCUUUGAUCAAAUAGAAGUGAAGCCAUAAGAACAACGUAGUGUGCAAACAUACACAAUUAUCAAUUGAGACAAAGCGAGUGUUAUUUUUGCACUUGCGUUAUUACACUAUUUCAGUGGCGCGAAGAUAAAAAAAAAAAUGUUAGAGAUAGCCGCGAUAAUAGUUCCAAAAGUUACAAGGAAAAUGUCCUUCCUGGCCAUUUUGUAUGCCACCAUUUUGUACUUUUACCAAGACGAUGUAGCAGAUGAAACGGCAUCAGGGAUCAUAGACCUGCCUGGGGAUUCCAUACUCAGCAAAUAUGAUUUCGUUAUUGUCGGCGGUGGAUCAGCAGGUGCGGUGCUGGCAAAUAGACUGACUGAAGUCGGACAUUGGAGUGUACUACUAAUAGAAGCUGGUGGCCAUGAAACUGUAUUAUCGGGAGUGCCUUUGUUGGCUUCCCACCAUCAACUAUCCGAGAUUGAUUGGAAAUAUAAAACUGAAUCUCAAGAUACAGCGUGUUUGGCUAUGAAUGAAGAAAGGUGUAGAUGGUCUCGGGGCAAAGUCUUAGGAGGAUCCAGCGUAUUAAACAAUAUGUUGUAUGCGCGUGGAAACCCAAUUGACUUUGAAAACUGGUUGGAGCAAAAUAAUUCAGGUUGGGGGUACAAUGACGUGCUCCGAUAUUUUAAAAAAUCGGAGGACAACAAAGACUUGUCCUUGGCGCGUACUCCAUACCAUUCGGCUGGCGGCUAUCUGACGGUGUCGGAAGCGCCGGCCAGUACUCCAUUAGCCGAAGCGUUCAUGGCGGCCGGACAAGAAAUGGGCUACGAUGUACACGAUAUUAAUGGCCAACGUCAAAUGGGUUUUAUGGUACCGCAAGGCACCAUCAGAAAUGGUUCGAGGUGCAGUACGGCGAUGGCAUUUUUGAGACCAGCCAGGCUGCGAAGAAACCUGCACGUGACCCUCAACACGCUUGUCACACGAAUUGACAUCAAUCCUGUAACAAAAAUCACGACCGGUGUCGAACUGAUAAAAAAUAACACAAGGUAUUACGUUCGGGUGGAAAAAGAAGUGUUGCUGUCAGCGGGCCCUAUCAAUUCUCCGCAGCUACUUAUGCUCUCCGGCAUAGGCCCUGAAAGUCAUCUGGCAGAAAUGGGUAUACACAUUAUUUCCGGUUUAGAUGUAGGAAAAAAUCUUCAAGACCACAUAGGAUUUGGUGGACUAACGUUUUUAACCAACCGAGAGGUGUCACUAACGCAUAACAGAACGGAAAACGUCGAUACGGCAUUCAGCUAUGCUGUAGAACGCAAAGGGCUAUUAACGAUAAUGGGCGGUGUUGAAGGAAUGGCGUUCAUUAAUUCAAAACACGGCAAUCUAACAAAAGAGCAACCAGACAUCGUCUUGAACUUAGUGUCUGGUUCCACCAUGACUGGUCUUGGUGGAUUUAAAACUUGGAAAGCUCACGGGCUAAAAGAAAAUUUUUAUGAUUCGAUGUAUAAAUCGAUUCUUCACAAAGACGUUUGGUCCGCUAUACCUAUAUUGUUGAAGCCCAAGAGCCGAGGCGAAAUACUGUUGAAGAGUAACGACCCGUUUGAAUAUCCCAAAAUCUUGCCCAACUACCUGACGGCAAAAGAGGACGUGGACACGCUAGUCAGGGGCAUUAAGUUUGUGUUGGAUAUGGCCAAGACCGACUCUCUCCGCGAGUUCGACAGUCGUCUUCAUGACGUACCGUUCCCCGUUUGUAGUGCAGUGCCGAGGCACUCAGACGACUUCUGGGAAUGCAUGGUCCGACACUACACCGUGUCCUUAAACAACCAGGCGGGUACCGCAAAGAUGGGUCCUAAGUGUGACAAGACCGCCGUGGUGAACCCACAGCUCGAGGUGUACGGCGUCUCCAGGCUCCGGGUGGUGGACGCGUCCGUCAUGCCAACGCUGGUCUCCGCCAACAGCAACGCCGCCGUCAUAAUGAUCGCUGAGAAGGCCGCGGAUAUGAUCAAGGCUAAAUGGCGUAAUUAGCACCUGAUCCGUUUUUAUGAUAAUAUGGUCUCAGCGAAAGCCAAAAUAAUAUACGAACUAUUAAUUUUUUAACAUUAAUUUUUUUUUUAAACUUAUAUAAUAAUAUUAUCAUUAUAAUUUGUCGAACAUGUCAGCCCACCGUUUGGCUCUGGCCCACACACAAAUACGAGAUAACACGUAUUCACUCAAUAUAUUUUUCUUGAACUUCAUGAGUGAUCUUAGAGUACAAUUUCCCAUUACAAAACUUAUUGAGAAUAAUAUUUUUUUUGAUUUUCCUUAAUAUUGUUGUCUCUAAACAACUUAAAUUUAUUGUAUAAACAUUUUUUUCAUUUUUAAGUCAAAUACAAAUAAAAUAUAAAACUCAUAAUAACAUGUCAAAUAUAUUCCAUAAUAAUUUUUGCAACUGGUGAUUUAUCUCUAAGAUUAUUUAAAAACCAUAAAAAAUGAUUUUAAAUGAAUGCGUUGUAUCUAUGUUGUGAGUAUGAAAACAAAUAUUGUACUGUAAUCCUUUUAAUAUUACAAAAACAAUUUCUUUCUUUCUUAUUUUAAUUAGAAAUCAUUUUACUUUUAUUAUAAUUUAAGUUUAUAAAAUAUAGAGCAAGUUCAAUAAGUAUAAUAUGUAUUUUUUUUUAAUUUUAAUUUUUUCCAAAACGUUUUUACUGUAAUAAUUAGAUAAAAAUAUAUGAACAUUAUACCUAAU